CGCACAAUGUCGACCGCCGCAGCUGCUAACCUGUGCUACGCGCGCUCCUCCACCAUCUCCGCCAGCCUCGGCACCCCCGCCCCAUCCAACUCCGCCUCCUUCCGCCCCAGGCUCAUCCGCAACGUCCCCGUCCAGGCCGCCCCCGUCGCACCUGCAUUGAUGGACGCCGCCGUGGAGCGCCUCCAGACCGGGUUCCAGAAGUUCAAGACCGAUGUCUACGACAAGAAGCCCGACCUGUUCGAGCCCCUCAAGGCCGGCCAGGCGCCCAAGUACAUGGUGUUCGCGUGCGCCGACUCGCGUGUGUGCCCGUCGGUGACCCUGGGCCUGGAGCCCGGCGAAGCCUUCACUGUCCGCAACAUCGCCAACAUGGUCCCGGCCUACUGCAAGAACAAGUACGCUGGUAUUGGAUCAGCCAUCGAGUACGCCGUGUGCGCUCUCAAGGUUGAGGUCAUCGUGGUGAUUGGCCACAGCUGCUGCGGUGGAAUCAAGGCACUCCUGUCACUCAAGGAUGGCGCAGACGACUCCUUCCACUUCGUCGAGGACUGGGUCAGGAUCGGGCACCCUGCUAAGAUGAAGGUGAAGAAAGAGUGCUCCUCCUUGUCUUUCGAUGAGCAAUGCGCCGUCUUGGAAAAGGAGGCCGUGAACACGUCCCUCCAGAACCUCAAGACCUACCCGUUUGUCACCGAAGGUGUGGCCAACGGAACCCUCAAGCUCGUCGGCGGACACUACGACUUCGUCUCCGGCAAGUUCGACACAUGGGAACUGUAAAUCUUCCCAUCGGUUAACUCCUACACAUACAUACGUACAUAUAUAUACCAAGAUAUCUUCCGGCCGACCGACCGACCGACGUGGAUGCAGUGCCAUGGAGUACGAGCUUGUUGUUUUGCAGUGCUGAAUGCUGGAUGGCUCGAUGUGAAUUUGUAAUAAGCCAUAUAGUUGUUUCUACCAUUUUCUGACGACCGGUUGUACGUGUGAUGCAUAAUUUGAUCGCCUUGUGAUCAAAAGACAUCAUAUAUAUUUUUAAUAAUAUUUUCACCAAGAGUUUACCUUUUA